AUGAAAUGCAAUCUGUUACCAAAAACCCUUCUUUUAUUCUUCUUUCUCUUCUGUUUUCUCUCUCUUGUUUCUGGGAAGGAAGUUUUUCCUGAUAAAUCUAUUCUGUUGGAAUUCAAGUCCACUGUUUCUGAUCCUUAUGGGAUUCUCUCAAGCUGGAACCCCAACAGCAACAACAAGACCAGUCCUUGUUCAUGGUUUGGUGUUACGUGCAACUCCAAAUCCAGGGUUAUCUCACUGAAUAUCACUGGUGGUGAUGGCUACAGAGGUAAUUCUAAAGCUCUUCCUUGUUCAAGGUCUUUAAAGUUUCCUUUUUUUGCACUUGGGACUAAAAGAACAUGCUCUGAUUAUGAUGGGAAACUAAACGGGAAGUUGUCUCCUUUGAUUGGAAAACUCAGCGAGCUUAGAGUUUUGUCACUGCCUUAUAAUGAGUUUAGUGGGGAAAUUCCUUUGGAGAUAUGGGGUUUAGAUAAAUUACAAGUGCUUGAUCUUGAAGGGAAUUUGUUUACCGGGAAAUUGCCAGAUGAGUUUGUUGGGUUAAAGAAGUUGAGGGUUUUGAACCUUGGUUUUAACAGACUUGAUGGGGAGAUUCCAAUUUGGCUGUCAAAUUGUGUGGCCAUGGAGGUUUUGAAUUUAGCUGGUAACAGGCUGAAGGGAUCUAUUCCUGGAUUUUUUGGUAGUUUUUUGAAGUUGAGGGAGCUUAAUCUAGCUAAUAAUGAGCUGAAUGGAACUGUUCCUGGUGGUUUUGAAGGUAAUUGUUUGUAUUUUGAGCAUCUUGAUCUGUCUGGGAAUUUCCUAGUUGGUUGGAUUCCGCGCACAUUGGGAAGUUGCCGGCAGUUAAGGGUGCUUUUAUUGUUUUCGAAUAUGUUGACGGGUGUAAUUCCUCACGAGUUUGGUCAGCUGAGGAGGCUUGAAGUUCUAGAUAUUUCAAGAAACUUCAUUAAUGGCGUGAUCCCUGCUGAGCUUGGAAAUUGUGUUGAGUUGUCAGUUCUUAUCCUUUCAAACCUUUUCGAAACAUGGCCAGAGGAGAGAUAUAAGAGUGGAAAGGUAUCGGUUGGAUUGUCACGUGUUGCUGGUGAUGAACAUAAUCAUUUUAAAGGAUCUAUUCCUGCAAAGGUUACAACCCUUCCAAAGCUGAGAAUACUUUGGGCACCAAGGGCAGCUCUGAAAGGGAAGCUGCCAACCAGUUGGGGUGAUUGUGAGAGCUUGGAGAUGGUUGAGGGGGAGCUUGAUAGGAAUCUUCCAGUUCCUUGUAUGACAGUAUUUGAUGUCAGUCACAACCUGUUGUCGGGUCCUAUCCCAAGAUUUGACGACAGUUUGUGUUCCCGUGUAUCCUCCUUGAACUCAGAUCUUGUCCAAAUUGAUGACCCAACAUUUGGAUAUGCACUAUUCUUCGCAUGUGAAACUCGCAUCGCAAGCCAUUUGCCAUUUGCUGUUGCUAGUUUAGUAGUGAUUCACAAUUUCAGUGGAAACAACUUUACUGGUCGAAUCCGUUGGCUCCCUGUUACACCAGAGAGAUAUGGGAAGCAUGUAGAUUAUGCCUUUCUUGCUGCCGGGAACAAGCUCACUGGAUCAUUUCCUGGAAGCUUAUUUGGAAAGUGUGGUGAAUUAAAUGGAAUGAUUGCUAAUGUUAGCAAAAACAAAUUAUUUGGUCCUAUUCCAUUGAAUAUUGGUGCAAUGUGCACAUCCCUUAGAUUUUUGGAUGCCUCUGACAAUGAAAUUUCGGGGUCCAUUCCUCUCAGUCUUGGGAAUUUGAGAUCCCUCAUUGCCCUUGACUUCAGUGGUAAUAGAUUGCAGGGUCAAAUUCCAUCUAGACUCUAUCAAUUGAAGUAUUUGAAGCACAUAUCCUUGUCUGGCAACAACCUGACUGGUGCCAUCCCUUCUGGCUUGGGGCAGUUACGUUCUCUUGAAGUGCUAAAGCUUUCUUCAAAUUCCCUGUCCGGUGAGAUUCCACAGGAUCUUGUGCUUUUGAAAAACCUAACUGUUCUUCUGCUUGAUAACAACAAUCUCUCAGGACAGGUUCCCCCUGGUUUAUUUGAUGCAGCAUCACUCUCUACAGUGAAUGUCUCCUUAAAUAACCUGUCUCGGUCAUUUCGCUUGAUUGGUAAAGUGACAAAUUGUGGCAAUUCCACUGGAAAUCCAUAUCUUAACUCAUGCCAUAGAUUCCUCCAAUCUUCACCAUCUCCUGAUCCAACAGGCAGCAACAGGGAUCAGAUAAGUAAUGCCACUUCUCCAUCAGAGACUAAAUCUGGAUUUAGUUCGAUUGAGAUUGCAUCCAUAGCAUCUGCAUCCGCCAUUGUUUCUGUUCUUCUAGCUCUGGUUGUUCUCUUCUUUUACACAAGGAAACGGAUCCCAAAUGCCAGGGUUCAGGUUUCUGAACCGAAGGAAAUUACCACUUUCAUUGACAUCGGUGUCCCAUUAUUAUAUGAGAAAAUUGUACAAGCAACAGGGAAUUUCAACUCAAGUAAUUGCAUUGGGAAUGGAGGUUUUGGUGCCACUUACAAGGCUGAAAUUUCUCCAGGAAGCUUGGUGGCCAUAAAGAGGCUUGCUGUUGGGAGGUUUCAAGGUGUUCAACAAUUUCAUGCUGAGAUAAAGGCCCUUGGGAGGGUGAGGCAUCCCAAUCUUGUAACCUUAAUAGGGUACCAUGCCAGCGAAACAGAGAUGUUCCUCAUAUAUAAUUAUUUACCAGGAGGUAAUUUGGAAGACUUUAUUAAAGAGAGAUCGACAAGAGAGGUUAACUGGAAGAUUCUUCACAAGAUUGCUUUGGAUGUAGCCCGCGCGCUUGCUUAUCUUCAUGAUCAAUGCGCUCCUCGUGUUCUGCACCGUGAUGUCAAGCCUAAUAACAUAUUGUUGGAUAAUGACUUCAAUGCUUACUUGUCCGACUUUGGAUUAUCUAGGCUUUUGGGAACCUCUGAAACCCAUGCCACAACAGGUGUAGCUGGAACAUUUGGGUAUGUUGCCCCAGAAUAUGCUAUGACCUGUCGUGUCUCUGAGAAGGCUGAUGUUUACAGCUAUGGUGUGGUGCUACUUGAGUUGAUAUCAGAUAAGAAACCCCUGGAUCCUUCAUUUUCUUCACAUGAGAAUGGUUUUAAUAUUGUUUCUUGGGCCUGCAUGCUAUUGAGACAUGGUCAAGCGAAGGAGGUCUUCACUGCAGGACUAUGGGAUUCUGGCCCACAUGACGAUCUGGUAGAUAUGCUGCAUUUGGCUGUGACAUGUACAGUUGACAGCCUCUCGACCAGGCCUACAAUGAAGCAAGUUGUUCAACGAUUGAAGAGAAUUCAACCCUCCUAG